CAUCUGCCGCGCGCGUCACACAAAAGACCGCGCGAGCCCGACACGCACACCGCGCACGAACGGCACCGCAUUGUGGGCGCGCGUAAUUUUCACAAUCGGCAAGUUAUAAGUGACGGGCGUGUAUAAAACGAUGUUCGUGCGUCCGCCGACGUCUGAUUAGGUACUACACUGUCCGCCCCGAAGGACUUCGACGUGUUCCUGUUGCGCUCGCAGAUUGAGAUUCACGGUGCCGAGGACUCGCUCACGCCGACCGCCGAGACCGCGACUACGACGCCGACGACGAUGACUGUGACAGCGGCCGCCGCAAGGCAUUUCGGUUCCGGCCGACUCGCCGCCACCGCGGUCCUCUGGCUGCUGGUCGCGCUGUUCAACGGCCAGGUAUACGGUAUUGGGGCGCGACCGCGAUCGAGCGGGACGCCGCCGCAGAACCGAUCGAUCUAUACGGCGGGCACGGGACCGGAGCCGCGGUCGACGCCACUGCGACCCGCAGGCUUUGAUGGCCGCCGCGUCGGCAGAACGGCUUCGGACCGGAGGUCCGCUAUCAUUCGGCUCCGCGGCGGCCGUGCGAACCCGAGGUUCAUUCCGCCCGCCGACGCAGUAAUGCUGGCGGUCGGUAAUAACAGCCAAUUACGCAAAUGUCCGUGGAAAAAACGGCUAGUGGAAAAUGGCCAAAUACUCUGUAAAAGGCCGAAGGAAAAAUAUUCGGACGUUUUUUCUACGGUCAUUGUUUGUUUUUUUUUUUUUCUCGAUUUGGCCGUUAUUACCUUUAUUAUGUUAUCGCCACAGAAAAAUAUUAUGUUCAAAGCGCGUUAUUUUAAUACGGGCAAUAUUAUUUAAAAUAAUUGAAUAGGUACUCCGCUAAUGGAAGAAGAUAUGGCCAUUUUAAUUUCUUCUCGUCAUAUUUGUAGGGAGCGCGUAAAAAAGCCGAACCGUUUUCCAGCCGAAAAAUAUUUUAGCCGAGCACAUAAUGCGUGAUGUCUCGGCGGCUGUCAGUUUAACAUUCUAAUUUUUAUACCUUCAUUUUUCAACGUCAGCCAAUAACCGUAGUCUUUUAUUGUUUUUUUGUAAUUCCGUGUAGCAAAUAUUUAUGAUAAUUCAUUCAACUAUGUUCGAAGUUAUAUAAUUCAACAUUUUCUGAUUAAAAAAAAAACCAUCAGCAGUCUUCUAAAACAAUGAUAAGAAAUUAACCAGUCGAUAACAAGUAGAGUUUCGGCUUAAAUUUACUUAUUUUAUUUAAUUAUUACUUUAUUUUAAUUAAAAUACGUUCGGUUGAAAUAUUUUCGGCUGUUUUAUUUUUGACUUUUUUUUAUACCUCCCCCUUUGUGUUUGACCAUACAUUUUUCUAUGGCAUUUUUAAUAAAUGACGACCGUUUGUAUUUUGGCUAUUGUUUCGAUACCCGCCGAUUCCGCCACUUUCCAAUUUUCAGACAACAAAAUUAAAAACCGACAACCAAUCCCAUUUUACACAGAUUUGGGACUGUCUAGUAAUCCGUAAUUAACACAUUAACCACCUAGUUUUCUUAUAAAAAAAUUAACAUUUAAAAUCACUGAUGUACGCAAUGGCGAGUUUAAGAGUUAAAUCCCCCCCCUUCGCAUUGGCAAUACAAACAAAUAUGAGCAAUUUAAUAUUGAAAUGUAUAAACGUAUUUCAGUCAGGUUACGAGGAAAAUCUUGAUUCAUCGAUUAUAAAUUGUCUUUUUACUGGAAUCUUUUACAUUAUCAAUUGCCAUAGUCGAGUUGGGUAGAUAAGACUAUUUUACGAUUCUUAUUUGCUACAUCCCUUCCCUUUGAAAAUCCCUGGGCACUGCUUAACAUUGUAAUAAUUUUUACUUCCAUAAUAAUACAUUUAAGUUAUAACAAAUACACAUGUACCUAAUUGACAGUACCUAUGUCUGAAAUAUUGUCCAAUCCAAUAUAGUAUAUAAUAUUGCAUACUUCCUAGAUAUGACUCUCCCAUUCAGUUAAAAACCUAAUUAAUUAAUCUUUAUGAUAUGAAAAUAAACCAGUUCCAUAGUCAAUUGUUAGUACUUUAAUAGUCUUAGAGUUUUACACCAUAACUGAAUUAUAAAUAAUUAAAAUACAUAUAAUUUAAAAGAAAAAUGAUUUUCAAAAGUUAAACAUUGGUUUUAUGACAUGUUGUAUUGUCAGUUUUUGAUUUUUAAAUGUGUAAUUGUUUUUGAUUUGUAAAUUUAAUUAAUAGAUCAAAGAAUAAUGUACCCUAUCUGUUUGAAUUUUUGUAAUAAAGACGUGUUAAUAAAUUCUGUGAAGAUUGUUUUCUAGAACUUCAUAAUGGCGGAAUCGGCGGGUUGAUAAGCUACUGUCCAUCGUAGAGGAAUUGGUACUGACGGAAUCGAUUAAUCCUUUUUUAUUAAAAAAAAACAAAGAAAAGAAGAAAGUUCGAUGAAAUCCCGCCAAAGUAGAAAAUAUCAUUCUUUCCGGACGCGUCGACCCGAGGGAAAUAUUAUCGAUUUUUCUAUGGCUCCUUGACGUUUCGUCGAAUUGACGUGAUUGAUAUAUUAUUUUAAUUAACGCUAUUAAAUGCACGCUUUUUUUAAAAAAAAUAGUGUUAUGAAAUAACGUUCGAAUAUAGUGAGGAAUCCAAUAAUUAGGUAUUGACUAUAACUAACAUUAUAUGAUGAAAAAAAUUAAUUAUUAAAACAUAUUUUUGGUACAUAUACUCAAUGACGUAGCUAAAGGAGGUUUUAGAUAUUGUAACCCUCUCCCAAUGAUUUUUUUUUGUCUAAAGGUAUGGUUUAGAAAAUUAUCAACUCCUAAACCCCCUUAGAUCUUCCGAAUCCUUACUCUCGUUGACAAAUCCUGGCUACGCCACUGCAUAUACUGUUUGAAUUCGUAUAUAAAAUACCUAAGGAGUACGGAUAUCUAUGUAAUGUUUAUUCUGAGAAAAAAACGGUUUAUGUACUAAAAGCAUAUUUCAAUACUAUGUAGGUAAUUACUUAGAUUAUAGAUCUAUUUCUUGUAUAAAUCGUGUAAACGAGAAACACGAUUAAAAAAAAAAAAAAAACUUUGCAACAAUUAGAAGGUAUGCGGUUAAUAUAAAAUAUAAUUUGUGUUGUUUUAAAAAACAUAAUUUAUUGUUACAUUUUAGAGCAAUGUUUACGGAGACCCGCUGCAACCCGAUUUGUUAGCCCCAUUAAAUAGCGUUGUAAACGGAUUGACUGGCCAACCAACGAAUGCCGGACCCAAUAAACAAAUGCCACAACAACAAAAUAAUAAUAUCGUACCACAAGGAAUGAGUAAUAAUAAUUCACCCGCAAUGCAAAGACCCACUAUUCCACAGAACAGUUUACAGCAAAAUAUGCAAAAUACCGGUGCACCCAGUCAGCAACCAAAAUUUAAUACGCCGAAUCCGGCACAAGAACCUGUAAACUUGAACUUUCACCAAUCACAGGCCCAAAAUGGCCCACUAUCUGGUCCAUCACCUGGCCCACCAACUGGCUCAUCACCUGGCUCACCAUCUGGCUCACCAUUUAGUCUAUCAUCUGGUCAAUCACAAGGGUUGAACUUAAACCAACUACCUAUGGAUAAUGUUGCUAAACAACAAUGGAAAAACCCACAAAAUCAAGCUCCUCAACAUCCACAUUCACAACCAAUGGUACAGCCUAUGGCAUCAAACCAACUGCAACAACAGCUUCCAAUGAAUUAUCCUGCAUACCCGCCAUUCAAUAGUCAGAUGGCACAACCAUUACUCUAUAAUACGCCACAGAAUUAUGGCACUCUACAGCCGACAAGUUAUCCAAACUUUUAUCAAAAUCCAAAUAAUAUGGGCACCCCUGCCGGUGUAAAUAACUUUCAAAUGCAAAUGCCGGAAACGAGUUACCCGGUACAGUCAACUAAUACCGUUCCGACGUCGGAUUCAGGUAUAUCCAUCAGUAUAUAACAGGGAUAAAAAAAUAAUUAUUAAUGAUAUGGUCAAAUUAUAUCAACAUUAAUUCUAGUAAAAAACUGUUAAUUGAAUGGGUUCAUCAAUAAUAACCAUUAUCGAUACCUUAGAAAGUUGGAAGGAAUACGUUGUACAAUUCAUAACUGAUUCUUUACUUCUGGAUAAAAACUAGUUAAACGAUUUUAUGAUGGCAGUGAAAAAAAAACACGCUAACGCCAUCCGAUCUCGCGAGGGGGUGCUAAAGAAACGUUUCUCCAGCACCGCCUCAAUUUUUUGUAUGUGUAGCGAAAACUAAAGGUGUAGAAAUUCGGUAAAUAGUCAUAUAAACUGCAUACUGAAUGUUAGCGAAAAAAAAAUUUGCGAAAAUCAUAUGUUGGGGUGCUGGGGAAAUAUGCGUGUGUAGAUCACUUUGAAAAAUCAUUUUAAAAUAAAUUUUUCGAAUUAGUACCACUGCCAGUAGUGCUAAAAUUUAAAAAAAACUCAUCUCAGUUACAGAAAAGACCAACAGACAAUAAAUUGAAAAAUAAUUGUAAUAUUAUGCUAGAAACUAGAAAAUAUAAUAUUAUCUAUCCCGAUUAUAUUUUAUAGUUUACGAAAUAUUGAUAAGAAAUAACCCAAUAUUCUAGAACUCAUAAAUAAAAUCGUUAAAUUAAUUUAAAUUUAUACAAUUGUGCAUGAUAAUUUUAUUUUAAAUAUUUCUGAAAUUCCUUCACAUACAGAAUUAAAUACCACUAAAUACCGAUUUUAUUUCCUUGACUAGAGUUUCUAUAUUUUUUUUAUAGGCGAUUGCUUCAUGGGUGAUAAUUGCCAACAACGAUUCAACAUUCAAAAUAUAAAUAUAAUCAAUUAAAAUCUAUUGGGCUCCAAUUUGGGUUGUUGUAAACUUUCUAUACCCGUUGCUCCUAAGUCCUAGAUGACUACCACUUACAUAUACAGGGUGGUGAUUAACCAAGCGUGCUCAUCCUGUUUUUUUGGUCGAAUCUCGCAUACAUUCAAAUUUUAAUUUUUGAAAUUUUUAUGUGUUGUUAAAGCCGAUAUUUUGGAAUACUCGGAUUUUUCCAAAACAUUAAGGAAUUAUCCUGUGGCGAUACCAUCUUUGGUUUUUCAAAUGAAAACCUUUAUUAAAAAUUCCAUAGACAGAUGGUGUAUUACUUUGAGUAAACUUCGGUGUGAAACAUUUUUCUUUCCGUCAACCCGUCGGCGAGAUAUUUCACUUUUAAGUUUAGGAAUGAGGAGAGUAGCGGAGCACUAAUAGCACUGCGGGCCGCCACACAAAUUAUGCUCCACUACUUUCCCCUGCCCAAGCUUAAAAGUGGAGUAUCUAUAUUAAGAGUAUAGUAAACAAUAAUACAUUUUCUAUAACGAAAUCAUAUAUGGUAUAUGUUAAAUAAAAAAAAACAAUGAUGAUAGAUUGGAUACCAUCACGAAUACGCGCGCGGAGCUUACCACAGAUAAAUAUACGAUAGGAACUCCAUAAAUACGUAAUAAGCCUCCCGUGCUUAAAUAUAUGCAGAUAUUUUAUCAUUUACUAUACUCAAUACUUCGAUAUUUCGACGUCAUCUCAAUAAUACAAUGUACGUUUUAGCAUUGAUUUUAAUCAACGGUUUUAGUUUAAAAAAAAAAGUUUUUUUUUUUUUUUUAAAUUUCAACUGUUACCUUUUCGAUAGUAUACUGUGUACUGUACUCGCAUGCAAUUGUUAUCGCCACGUCAAUGUAAAAUAUCAGACGAAUUAAAAUAUGUGAACAAUUUCCAGGUGACAACUUUGUACAGCAAUUGGAACAUUUGCCGCAGACUUUCAUGAACAUGUUACCGGUUGAAACGUUGAUGAGCCUCGCGAAUCCGUUGCCAUAUGCACAACAAGGUGUGGGCUUGGUGACCAAUACGUUAGGAAAGGCGACCAAUUAUGCGACCGGCGUGAAGAACAGCGUUGGCGGCGCGGUGGUGGACGUGAGCAGAAAAGUAAUUGACAGCGAACAAUCGCUGCUGAACGGCAUUGUGAGCAUGCUGACGGCGUUCCCGAACGUAUUAGUCGACCUCAAGCAAAGGGGCGUCGACAUACUCCAGAGCGUGCUCGACUUACCGUCGCAGUCGUCCAACGGUAAUAAUAAGUCGUCAUCCGGCGGCACGGCCGAUAAUUCGCCGAACACCGCAGCCAAUUCACCGAUGUCGCCUAGUCAGAUCAACCAGCUGAACGAACUAAUCAAGUACUACCAACAACAGGGCAUGUUGCCACAGCAGUUCGGCAACGGUAACUACCAGCCGCCGUACGCACCGCAAGCCCAAAUACAGCAGCCGUCGUACGCACCGCAGGCCCUGAUGCAGCCGCCGUCGUAUGCACCGCAGGUCCAAAUACAACCGCCGCCGUACUCACCGCAGGCCCAAAUACAGCCGCCGCAGUACUCACCGCAGGCCCAAAUACAGCCACAGUUUCCCGGGGGUUAUCCGUAUCAGCUGCAACAGCAGCAAAUGCAGCAGCAGCCGCAAAUGCAGCAGCAGCAGCCGCAAAUGCAGCAGCAGCAGCCGCAAAUGCAGCAGCAGCAGCCGCAAAUGCAGCAACACCCACAGAACACUGGUCGGAGCACGGAACGGUUACAACAAAAUGUACGGUCCCAGGAUUACCCAGAGAAUAAUCCCGUCAACCGUCCGCAACCCAUAAUACCGUACGGUUCGUUCGGUGACAACGCUCCAGCACCGUGAUGCACCGAUAAUAACCCCCUAGCUUAUCCUAAUUUUAUAUUCGGUUUUCAAUACAUAAGGGCCGUCGCUAAUUUAUAUUAUAUUCGAUUGUGGUUCUUUCAAAACGGCCGUUUGUGUUUUUAUUAAAGUAAUACAUGCUUGAACAGUUAUCGUUAUAGAAAUGUGCACACGGUAAUCACUUAUACGGUUAUAAUACGAGUGUUUGUUUUAUUUAAUAAUAAAUAUUUGAAUGUUAUAAGGACACAGCAUACGUAUAUACUAAUACUGUAAAAAAAAAAAAAAAAAUAAAUAAAUAAUAAACACUACACCCCAACGUCAAUUAUUUUUAAGCGCCGAGUAUAUUAAGUUUAAGGGUGGCGAACGGAAUUUGCGUCGUUAAAUGAAUUUUAUCCGAUAAAUCCGCAUU